AUGGUCCGAAUCAAGGAGCGUUACCUCCUAGUGAAGAUCCUCUACCCGAAUGAACUUGGUAGUCGCUCGGAUCUCCCUGAUGUUGUAGUUAUCAACCAGCCUACGACCGACCAACUCAACCCCGCAGGUCUCCUCAGGGGCAUACGCGCCGAGGUUGCCAGUUUGUUUGGGGACUACGGUUCGGGACUUGUCGAAGGCGGAAACUUAGGAGUUAAAUACUUCUCUCACGCCACUUCUACCUUUAUUUUGCGUAUUUCGCGAUCAUCAUAUCGCCUCGUCUGGGCCGCUCUCACCUUCAUGAGCAGUGUUCCGGUUAAGAAUGGGAAGCCAUGCAUCUUCCGUGUUGUCCACGUAAGUGGUACUAUGCGUAAAGCGGAGGAAGAAGCUAUCCGCCGCGCUCGAAAUCUCAUUUUUGCGGCGGAGAACGACCACAAAGAAAAGGCUAGGGAUACCUUUAGUAAUAUACGAUGGUAG